AUGGUAUGCAAUCCAUCAAUUCAGUUCAUGAUUUAUGAGAGCUCAUUAAAGCACCUGAAGGCUAAACGCACUGCUAAUAAGCAAGGUUUAAAAAAUGCCACUGCUUUGGAGGUUUUCUUAUUAGGGGCCUUGGCAAAACUAGGAGCAACUGUCUCAACUUACCCCUUGUUAGUUGUCAAGAAUUUGUCAGGUUCAAAACUAGAAGAAACCAAGGUAGCUAUUGUCUUAGCUCCAUUGGAAGGCUAUUUUGGAAACUCUUGCAAUAGCAUGGUAGGUUUACUUGUUGAUCAAGAGGAGCUAUCUACCAUGGAGAUUAAGAUUGAGAAAAAAAUUUCUUAA